UCUCUCUCUGUCUCUGUCUCUCUUUCUCAAAAUGACAAUUCUCAGUGCAGGUUUUGGUAUCAUAUUCUUUUUACUUCACUCUUCUGGAGAAAGUGGCUUUGGACAGGAUGAUGAAUUUGGAGAUGAGGAACAAGAUGACUAUGACUUCACUUGCUAUAGCCAAUUGCAAGUCCAUGGCCAGCAGCACACACUGACUUGUUCUUUCAAUGACUCAUCAGUCAAUAGCUCCAAUUUGGAGUUCAAACUAUGUGACGCAUUUAUGUCUGAUUCACGAUGUGAGAUAAUGAUGAAAAGGGAAAAGGAUUAUUUUAUACAAUCAAGAUCAUUUUCACUGAUUAAACCUUGUGAGAUGUGUGUGAUAUUCAGAAAAAGUAAGAUGAAUUGCAAAACACUGAAGAUAACCAAAAUAGUUAAGCCUGAAGCUCCUUUUAACGUAUCUGUCACUUAUCGCAAGGCAGCAAAUGACUUUGUGCUAACAUUCAAUACAACACACUUAUGGAAGGACUAUGUGAAAGAGUUAAUCCAUGAUAUAGCCUAUCACCAAGAAAAUAAUAACAGCGACUGGAUGCACAUAAGCUCACGAUAUCCUCAGGCAACACUUCUGGAGAGAAAGUUGCAACCAAACACACCAUAUGAAGUUAAAAUACGGUCACUUCCUGGUGGAAACUUUUUUGCUGGGUCUUGGAGUGAUUGGAGCCCCAGUGUCUACUUCAUGACACCAUCAAGACCCAAAGCAGUGGAGCUGAAUUCUCUCAUGGUCAUCACUAUCGUCAUCACUCUGAGCGUCUUCUCUGUGAUCCUGGGGAUUGUUGUGAUGUGUUUUCUAUGGAAAAAAAGUAUUAAACCUGUUUUGUGGCCCAACCUCCCUGACCACAAGAUGACUCUGGAACAGCUGUGUAGGAAACCACAAAAGAAUUACAACAUCAGUUUCAAUCCAGAAAGUUUCCUGGACUAUCCAAUUCAUAAAGUGGAUGGCAUUCAAGCCAAAGAAGAAGUGGAAGGUUUUCUUCAAGUCCCAAUCCCCCGAGACAUCGAUGUCACAGAGAAGAUUGGGCUCAACCCUGACUGGCCAUCUGAAAAGAACAUCAUCCCACCACUGACUUAUGGAGGAAACUCACCCUCAACUUGUCUGUGUGGGAACUUUAAUACAUGUGACCUUUCUAUGGUCACAGCCUCAAAGUCACCCAACCAUCAAGAGAAUAACAAAAAUGAAGCUCAUUUCUGUGGAGGUCUGCUUCUUAACUCCGACUCCAGAAACAGUGCCCUAACAUUCCCUUUUCCACUCAGUAUAGGAGUCUUGGCUCCAAGUCCAACUGCUCAAGAACAACCCAACAGUGAAAACCUGAGGUUAAGUCAAGAAGACGCAUAUGUCACUAUGUCCAGUUUCUACCAAAACAAGUAAGCCUCAAGAAACCCAUCAUAUGGACGUCACAGCCAACAAAGAGAACUGAGGGGGUGGCUUGGAGACCCUUUUUCCUAGAUUGAAUCCAGUCUCUGAUAAUAAAACUCAAUAUGAAAAGGAAAAUACAACUUUUCUCUUUGUAAUACAUCUACAUUUAUCAAAUUUUGGAUGUUAUUUGUUCUUCAUUCUCGAAGAGGAGGUAAUACCAGACAUGCAAGUGAAUUGAUUUAAGUGAGGAAGAGUUGUGCAAAAUCACCUGCCUCACUUUCCCCUCCAGAGUCAUCUGGGUUCAGUGACCAAAUAUAGAUCAAGACAUCUGGAGAUGGCCCUGGACGAAAUGGAAGACCUUGGUCUUUUAAGCUAAUGUCUUCAACAGGUCACAAUUUUAUUGAGGCCGCACCCAUUCAGUGAUAAGGCUAUCUUUCAUCUAAUCCAAAAAAAUCUAAAUAAAUAAAUGAAUGACUGAAUGAAUCUGGGAGGGGAAGACCCUCAGAGUUUCUGGCCAAAGCAGAAAUGAUUGCUGUUUACAUUCAAUUUGAAAUCCUACCAAAUUUUGGAAUAUCUCUUUCAUUAUUUCCUGGUUAAAUCCUUCUAACAAGAUUAGAGUGUCCUUGCUUCUAUUGUUAUUGAUUUCAAAAACAAAUUAUCAAGCUAUUAAUUUUUUUGAAAAUGGAAGAGGAAGAAAAAAAGAGGAAGGGAAGAGGAAGUGACGAAAAGGAAGAUGGGAAAAGGGGAGGAAAAGAAGAAGGAAGAAAAUAGUGUGCAAGUGAUGGAUAAGACCCACAAGUAUAAAACUAGGAUACACUCUCAUUAUCAGAAGCUGGCAAUGCAAACAUAGAAAUGGAAAUUGCCAAAGUCUAUAUCAUUCUGAUUUUUCUCUCAACUGUUCUGAACCAUCUAUCACACACCAUUUUGUAGUUGACAAUUUUACUAUGAUUUCCGGCAGUGGAAAUAUCAUACUCAAGUCAGGCAUGCCAUAUCUUGGGGAACAUUUUCUAGUUUUAAAGGUGGGAAAUGAACUUUUUUCUGGUUCUCAAGAAUCAUGUCUGCAAAGUCUGAAGAUAGAAAAUGCAAAGGACUUUCAAAAUCCAAACACAGAAUCACCAAAUCUUAACAUUGAAAGAGACUUUAGCAAUCAUCUAGAUCAAAUUUUCACCCAAUUCUCUGCAGUUUGAGGAAAACGCUACUUCACUGGCUACCUUCCAUUUGGGAGUAAAACAAAACCUCUUCUAUUUUUUUAUAAUAAUCCUCAAUUUGAAAUUGAUUAGUAAUAGAAAAAAAUAAUGAUUUCUGAAUUAUCAAGAGUAUAGGGUUCACUGUGACCUGCCAUUAUCAAAGUUUGUAAACAUUAUUGGUUCUUGGAAGAAUCUCAUUGCUAACCCUGGAUGUCAGGACAUUUCAGUCCUGAAUGAAUAAACCUUCAUAUUAACAUUAGUGAGUCAACAACCUGGACUUAUCCACAAAUUAUCCUGACCUUCCACAAAGUUAGGAAAUGACCAAAUACUUCAAGGAACAUAUUAUAUUCGUUGGUAGUUUGUAAAUUCUGGCCAGGUUAAGGAUAUGCAUUGGAUUUCAUUGGAUGUCAUAAUUUCUGGACUCUUAAGAGACAAAUGCUUUUUGUCUUUUGUCUCUUAAUCUGGUAGAAAUUCAAGUACAUAUAGCAAACUACAAGGAUAAAAGGAAUAUGACAGAUAUAAGAAUUAAUCCAAAUCUCAAGGACAGAGAUUAGAGCAGCUAACUUUUACGGUCCUCCAUUUGCUGCUGUCCCCAUCCCUCUUCUAACUGAAUAUUAUCUCCUUUAAUAUAAGGCAGAGAUGUUGAAAAGAGAGAGGAAGAGCUGGGAAAUUAAUGUUGUAUAAUAGAUCUAAGACAUCCUCUUUCUAGUUUAGUGCCUCAAUGAUGACAAUAUUACUACAUUAGAUUGCUGUCAUGCUUUGUACAACAAUCUAUAUUAUCUCAGUUGAUCUUCAUAAUAAUUCUAUCAGCUUGGUAUUAUUAUUUACAUAUGAGAUAUGCAAAAAACAAGUUAAAGAGAAGUUAAUUAAUUUGCCCAAGAUCUAGUUAGUAGAGUCAGAACAAGACUCUAAAUGUAAGGAGCAGCUAGCUGGCACAGUGGAUAGAGCACCAGUCCUGAAGUCAGGAAGACCUGAAUUCAAAUCUAAUCUCAAGAUACUUAACACUUCCUAGCUGGGUGACCCUGGGCAAGUCACUUAACCCCAAUAGCCUCAGGGAAAAAAUAAUCUGGAUAUAAGUAUAUAUAUAUAUAUAUAUAUAUAUAUAUAUAUAUAUGGAGCCAAGGGGAAAUGUACUGUUUUCUGGACUGAACUCCAACACUGCACUGGAGAACUGCUAAAAUCCCUAACAUUCUAUAAUUCUGUGAUUUGAUUAUAUAAUGUGAUCAUUUGAAAUCUUCAGCAUGAAUGAAAAUAGACAUAUUUGAUAUAAAACACAUGCCUAUAAUCAUUACAGCAGGACUAAAAGUCAAUUGGGCAUCUGCCCUGUCUGUAACCACUGUGGUUAAGUCCUCCAUGAGUAAAGGAUCACCAGGCUGCCUAAAGAGGAAUGAAAGGGCCCAGGUUUGAAAUUGAAUGGAAUAAAGUUUCUACAGAAAGAAAGAGAGAAAGAAAAAAAAGAAAGAAACCACAUUUAUUAUGAAGAAUAUGAUCAUUACAUGUAUAACUGCUGCUAAUGCUUGAUGCACAUAUUGACUUGCAAUAUUUAGCAUUUAAAUUUAACCAAUCUCUUUCCCCCUUAAGGUAGAAAAUCUGCCCAAUCUUUAACAGACUUUUAAAAAGAAGGAAGGUCCGCAGAUCACAUUUGAAACAAAAUGUACAUUGUCAUUUCUCUUACUAGAUGGAUCUAAGCUCGGAAUUAUUAGUAAAGAGAUUUACAAAGCAUUGGACUGAUCUGAUAUUGAACAUGGUUGAACUGUAUAAGAAAGAAAGAAAAUUGGCCCUAAACUAAUUUGCUUUUUGAUGGAAAAGAACUGAAUUAUUGGUUUUGGGCUGCCUGUAGUCACUUGCCUCUUGUUUCUGAUUGGUUUCCAUGUGGGAAUCGCCAUCAAUGGACAAAUGGAUGAUGAACUUAAUAUACCGUUGGGAGAGGUACUGAAAGCAUCACAUAUCAGAGGAAACCAUUAUAAGCCCAUGAUUUACAUGACAAUGUAAAUGAUAAUGAUUUACAAACAUUUAUGUACUGGCUUAAAAAACAACAACCCAUAAUUCACUACUCCAGAGAUCUCGGCUUGGGCUCACAUUUUCUAUAUGCACAAAAUACAGAGCUGCUAAGUGUCUGAAUAAAUAACCAAUGUAUAUUAUUAUGGUUUAUUUAAUUAAAUGAUACUAAAUUCAA